AUGGCUAUGUCAAUGUUUAAAUUAUCUUCCGCUUUAAUUCAGUCUUCUAAGCAAGUCCGAUGCUUAGCUGGCUUAGACGGUCGUACUGCAAAAUGCAAUAUUUCCACCACUCAUGUGAGACCGAGAAAAGAAAAAGACACGAUGGGAGAGCUGGAGGUGCCAGACGACAGACUGUACGGCUGCCAAACUGUACGAUCCAUCAUGAACUUCCCAAUCGGUGGUAUUGAAGAACGUAUGCCGUACCCCGUCAUUGUAGCCUUCGGUAUCCUAAAGAAAGCUGCCGCCAAAGUCAACAUUGAGUAUGGACUGGAUAAGAAAAUUGCGGAAGCUAUAAUGCAAGCGUGUGAUGAUGUAAUAUCUGGCAAGUUAUACCGUGAAGGACACUUCCCUCUGGUCAUCUGGCAAACGGGAUCCGGCACCCAGUCUAACAUGAACACGAACGAAGUAAUAGCCAACCGCGCGAUCCAAAUAUUGGGUGGCAAACUAGGCAGCAAAUCUCCGGUGCACCCCAACGACCAUGUGAACAAAUCCCAAAGCUCCAACGACACGUACCCCACCGCCAUGCACAUCGCCGUGGCGAUGGAGCUGCGCGACAAGCUCAUGCCGGGCCUGUGCGCGCUCAGGGACGCUCUGGAAGCUAAAACCAAGGAAUUCGAUAAAAUCAUCAAAAUCGGCAGGACGCACUUCAUGGACGCGACGCCGCUGACGCUGGGGCAGGAGUUCAGCGGCUACGCGGCGCAGCUCAACUACAGCAUCGAGCGCGUGUGCACCACCCUGCCGCGCCUGCACUACCUCGCGCUGGGCGGCACCGCCGUCGGCACCGGCCUCAACACGCGCAUCGGCUUCGCAGAGAAGUGCGCCGCGGAGAUCUCCUCGCUCACCGGUACUGUGUCCCUCUCACACACCCCACACCCCACAGCCCACAGCCCACGGCACCGGCCUCAACACGCGCAUCGGCUUCGCAGAGAAGUGCGCCGCGGAGAUCUCCUCGCUCACCGGUACUGUGUCCCUCUCACACACCCCACACCCCACAGCCCACAGCCCACGGCACCGGCCUCAACACGCGCAUCGGCUUCGCAGAGAAGUGCGCCGCGGAGAUCUCCUCGCUCACCGGUACUGUGUCCCUCUCACACACCCCACAGCCCACAGCCCACAGCCCACGGCACCGGCCUCAACACGCGCAUCGGCUUCGCAGAGAAGUGCGCCGCGGAGAUCUCCUCGCUCACCGGUACUGUGUCCCUCUCACACACCCCACACCCCACAUGCCCACAGCCCACGGCACCGGCCUCAACACGCGCAUCGGCUUCGCAGAGAAGUGCGCCGCGGAGAUCUCCUCGCUCACCGGUACUGUGUCCCUCUCACACACCCCACAGCCCACAGCCCACAGCCCACGGCACCGGCCUCAACACGCGCAUCGGCUUCGCAGAGAAGUGCGCCGCGGAGAUCUCCUCGCUCACCGGUACUGUGUCCCUCUCACACACCCCACACCCCACAGCCCACAGCCCACGGCACCGGCCUCAACACGCGCAUCGGCUUCGCAGAGAAGUGCGCCGCGGAGAUCUCCUCGCUCACCGGUACUGUGUCCCUCUCACACACCCCACACCCCACAGCCCACAGCCCACGGCACCGGCCUCAACACGCGCAUCGGCUUCGCAGAGAAGUGCGCCGCGGAGAUCUCCUCGCUCACCGGUACUGUGUCCCUCUCACACACCCCACACCCCACAGCCCACAGCCCACGGCACCGGCCUCAACACGCGCAUCGGCUUCGCAGAGAAGUGCGCCGCGGAGAUCUCCUCGCUCACCGGUACUGUGUCCCUCUCACACACCCCACACCCCACAGCCCACAGCCCACGGCACCGGCCUCAACACGCGCAUCGGCUUCGCAGAGAAGUGCGCCGCGGAGAUCUCCUCGCUCACCGGUACUGUGUCCCUCUCACACACCCCACACCCCACAGCCCACAGCCCACGGCACCGGCCUCAACACGCGCAUCGGCUUCGCAGAGAAGUGCGCCGCGGAGAUCUCCUCGCUCACCGGUACUGUGUCCCUCUCACACACCCCACACCCCACAGCCCACAGCCCACGGCACCGGCCUCAACACGCGCAUCGGCUUCGCAGAGAAGUGCGCCGCGGAGAUCUCCUCGCUCACCGGUACUGUGUCCCUCUCACACACCCCACACCCCACAGCCCACAGCCCACGGCACCGGCCUCAACACGCGCAUCGGCUUCGCAGAGAAGUGCGCCGCGGAGAUCUCCUCGCUCACCGGUACUGUGUCCCUCUCACACACCCCACACCCCACAGCCCACAGCCCACGGCACCGGCCUCAACACGCGCAUCGGCUUCGCAGAGAAGUGCGCCGCGGAGAUCUCCUCGCUCACCGGUACUGUGUCCCUCUCACACACCCCACACCCCACAGCCCACAGCCCACGGCACCGGCCUCAACACGCGCAUCGGCUUCGCAGAGAAGUGCGCCGCGGAGAUCUCCUCGCUCACCGGUACUGUGUCCCUCUCACACACCCCACACCCCACAGCCCACAGCCCACGGCACCGGCCUCAACACGCGCAUCGGCUUCGCAGAGAAGUGCGCCGCGGAGAUCUCCUCGCUCACCGGUACUGUGUCCCUCUCACACACCCCACACCCCACAGCCCACAGCCCACGGCACCGGCCUCAACACGCGCAUCGGCUUCGCAGAGAAGUGCGCCGCGGAGAUCUCCUCGCUCACCGGUACUGUGUCCCUCUCACACACCCCACACCCCACAGCCCACAGCCCACGGCACCGGCCUCAACACGCGCAUCGGCUUCGCAGAGAAGUGCGCCGCGGAGAUCUCCUCGCUCACCGGUACUGUGUCCCUCUCACACACCCCACAGCCCACAGCCCACGGCACCGGCCUCAACACGCGCAUCGGCUUCGCAGAGAAGUGCGCCGCGGAGAUCUCCUCGCUCACCGGUACUGUGUCCCUCUCACACACCCCACAGCCCACAGCCCACAGCCCACGGCACCGGCCUCAACACGCGCAUCGGCUUCGCAGAGAAGUGCGCCGCGGAGAUCUCCUCGCUCACCGGUACUGUGUCCCUCUCACACACCCCACACCCCACACCCCACACCCCACACCCCACACCCCACAGCCCACAGCCCACGGCACCGGCCUCAACACGCGCAUCGGCUUCGCAGAGAAGUGCGCCGCGGAGAUCUCCUCGCUCACCGGUACUGUGUCCCUCUCACACACCCCACACCCCACAGCCCACAGCCCACGGCACCGGCCUCAACACGCGCAUCGGCUUCGCAGAGAAGUGCGCCGCGGAGAUCUCCUCGCUCACCGGUACUGUGUCCCUCUCACACACCCCACACCCCACACCCCACAGCCCACAGCCCACGGCACCGGCCUCAACACGCGCAUCGGCUUCGCAGAGAAGUGCGCCGCGGAGAUCUCCUCGCUCACCGGUACUGUGUCCCUCUCACACACCCCACACCCCACACCCCACGGCACCGGCCUCAACACGCGCAUCGGCUUCGCAGAGAAGUGCGCCGCGGAGAUCUCCUCGCUCACCGGUACUGUGUCCCUCUCACACACCCCACACCCCACACCCCACACCCCACACCCCACACCCCACAGCCCACAGCCCACGGCACCGGCCUCAACACGCGCAUCGGCUUCGCAGAGAAGUGCGCCGCGGAGAUCUCCUCGCUCACCGGUACUGUGUCCCUCUCACACACCCCACACCCCACACCCCACACCCCACACCCCACAGCCCACAGCCCACGGCACCGGCCUCAACACGCGCAUCGGCUUCGCAGAGAAGUGCGCCGCGGAGAUCUCCUCGCUCACCGGUACUGUGUCCCUCUCACACACCCCACACCCCACACCCCACAGCCCACAGCCCACAGCCCACGGCACCGGCCUCAACACGCGCAUCGGCUUCGCAGAGAAGUGCGCCGCGGAGAUAUCCUCGCUCACCGGUACUGUGUCCCUCUCACACACCCCACACCCCACACCCCACAGCCCACAGCCCACAGCCCACGGCACCGGCCGCAACACGCGCAUCGGCUUCACAGAGAAGUGCGCCGCGGAGAUCUCCUCGCUCACCGGUACUGUGUCCCUCUCACACACCCCACACCCCACAGCCCACAGCCCACGGCACCGGCCUCAACACGCGCAUCGGCUUCGCAGAGAAGUGCGCCGCGGAGAUCUCCUCGCUCACCGGUACUGUGUCCCUCUCACACACCCCACAGCCCACAGCCCACAGCCCACGGCACCGGCCUCAACACGCGCAUCGGCUUCGCAGAGAAGUGCGCCGCGGAGAUCUCCUCGCUCACCGGUACUGUGUCCCUCUCACACACCCCACAGCCCACAGCCCACAGCCCACGGCACCGGCCUCAACACGCGCAUCGGCUUCGCAGAGAAGUGCGCCGCGGAGAUCUCCUCGCUCACCGGUAUCCCGUUCGAGACGGCGCCGAACAAGUUCGAGGCGCUGGCGAACCACGACGCGAUGGUGGAGGUGUCGGGCGCGCUCAACACCAUCGCCGUGUCGAUCAUGAAGGUGGCCAACGACAUCCGCAUGCUCGGCUCCGGCCCGCGCUGCGGCAUCGGCGAGCUCAUGCUGCCCGAGAACGAGCCCGGCUCCUCCAUCAUGCCCGGUAAGGUAAACCCGACUCAGUGUGAAGCCAUAACCAUGGUUUGUGCGCAAGUAAUGGGUAACCACGUGGCCUGCACUAUCGGCGGCAGCAAUGGACACUUCGAGCUGAAUGUCUUCAAGACGAUGAUGGUGGCCAACGUGCUGCGAUCUGCGAGACUGCUCGGUGAUUCCUGUUUAGCAUUUACCAAGAACUGCGUGGCAGGCAUCAAGGCAAACGAGAAGACGAUCGACAAACUCAUGCGGGAAUCACUCAUGUUGGUCACCGCGCUCAACCCACACAUCGGUUAUGAUAAGGCUGCACAGAUUGCGAAGACAGCUCACCACGAAGGUGGUACCCUAAAAGACACAGCCAUCAAACUAGGCAUCCUCACAGCAGAACAGUUCGACCAGUGGGUCAAGCCGGAGAACAUGUUGGGACCUAAGUAA